AUGGAAUCUCUCACUAAGGCCAACCAUGGCCCUGAUUUUUACACCAUUAAUCUGCUAUCCAAGCAUCUCCUGUCACCUCUCUUGGAAGUUCUAAGAAUUUCUGCUCUUGCACUUGUAAUUUCACUUGAAGCAGUCUUUGCCCUUCAAAAAUGGAAACCCAUUUUCCAUUUUCUCUUAGUUUCUGUUGUCCUUUUCUUUUUCAUCAUCAAACCCUACUUCCUAAGCUCCAAGCCAGUCUACCUUGUAGACUUCUCAUGUUUCAAACCACCAAACGUUUGCAGAGUUCCCUCCUCUACGUUUCUUGAAAAUGCAUCAAAGAUUGAGUCUUUUGAUAAAGAAAGUGUAGCUUUCAUGGCCAAAGUCCUCAUUUCUUCUGGGCAAGAAGCAGAAAUGGUUCUCUUUCCCAUCAUGCAAGACCUCCUCUCCAAAACUAAAGUCUCUGCUCCAGACAUCGAUAUACUUAUAGUAAAUUGCAGUGGCUUCUGUCCUUCACCUUCCCUAUCAUCCAUAAUCAUCAACAAGUUCUCCAUGAGAGAUGAUGUUAAGAGUUUUAGCCUAUCUGGUAUGGGUUGUAGUGCAGGAGCUAUAGGCAUUGACAUGGCUCAAAACCUCUUGAAAGUUCACAAGAACUCCUAUGCCGUUGUUCUUAGCACUGAAAUCCUAUCAACUGGUUGGUAUCCUGGUCAUGAGAAGUCCAAGCUACUCAUUAACUGCAGCUUUAGAAUGGGAAGUGCAGCUAUCUUGCUUACAAACAAAAAUGAAGCCAAAAAUUUGUCAAAAUACAAGCUUUAUUGUUCAGUAAGAACCCAAAGAUCCUUUGAAGACAAGAGUUAUGUUGUUGCGGUUCGUGAAGAAGAUUCAGAAGGAAAAAUUGGGGUUACAAUGCACAGAGAUGUAAUCCAAAUUGUUGGAGAAGCUCUCAAGUUUAAUGUAACAAUUCUUGGUUCACAAAUCUUGCCUCGUUUGGAAAAAUUUUGGCAUGUUGUUUCAAUAAUCAGAAAGAGCUUUUUUGACAAGUCAAAGGAGAUUUAUGUGCCAAAUUUUAAGAGUGUGAUACAACAUUUUUGCUUGCCAACUUCGGGAAGGGCAGUGAUUAGAGAGAUGGCAAAAGGGUUAAAGCUUGGAGAGAAAGAAGUUGAGGCUGCUUUGAUGACACUACAUAGGUUUGGGAACCAGUCUUCUUCUUCCUUGUGGUAUGAAUUAGCUUAUUUGGAAGCAAAAGAAGUAGUCAAGAAAGGUGACAAGGUGUGGCUACUUGGGUUUGGGACUGGGCCAAAAUGUUGUAGUCUGGUUUGGGAAUGCUUGAGGCCCAUAGUUGGUGAGUCCAAGAAAGGCCCAUGGGCCGACAGUGUCCAUCGAUAUCCAAUCACGACCCUUUAA